AUGUCUGAUAAGAAAGAAGAUUUUAUGUCUCUUUUUGAUUCAAUUGAUAAAAUUGAUUCAAAAAAUCCACCUCAGGAUUUUCCAAUAGAAAAUAUUCAAGAUGAAAAGGCUGUUUUUGAAUUUUUAGAUGAUAUUGUUAAAAAAAAGCCUCUUGAAGAACAGGAAAAUAAAUUGUCAGAUAAAAAGAAUGUAAAAGAAAAUGUAGAAGAAAAUAUUUUACAUGAAAAAUCACCAAAAACAAGUCUAGUUGAUAAAACUUUAGGAAAAAAGAUUGAAAAAACAUGGUUUGAAGGGAUUCUGGAUAACACUUCAUUCUUUUUUAAACAAGCUGAAGAAAAAGUAAAGCAAUUUCAACAUUUAGAAGGAAAAAAAAUUGAAGAAAAAGUACGCAAUAUAGUGGAUACUGAUACAUUAGGAAAAUUUGGAAACCAAUUUCGAUCAAAUGCUAUUCCUACUUUGUCUUCUACAUUUAAUUAUAUGCUAAAUGUAGUUGCACCACCUAUCUCAUUACAUGAAAUAUUAGAAAUUGAAAUAUAUCAUAAUCUAGUAUUCUUUCCAAAAUUAGAUCAAAUGGUGUAUUCAAUAUUUGAUGAGAUUAUAUCACAUAUAGAAAAUGAAGAUGUUGUUAUACAGAAAGGAAAGAAAAAUAUCUUGAGAACAGAACCUAUGAAAGAAUUUCGUAUAUUUGAAGAAUAUGAGGCUGCAAUUGACUCGGCAAAGGAGCAUAUCAUUCCUUUUUUGGGUUUAGAAAAAAAAAGAACAGAAUCUUCCAAUUCCUUAACAAUAUAUACAUCAAUUUAUAUAUCUAUUCAGGCUUAUUCAUUUAAUUUAAAAGAUAUGUCAUCAAACAAUAAGGAAAAAAACAAGAAUGAAAAAAUGUUUUCAUUCGUGAUAUACUUAAAUGAUCCUUAUAAUGAGCUUGAAUUAAAUACACAAAGCCAAGCGUUACCAAUUGAAUGGCUUUAUCAAUUAAAUAAUAUAAAUAUGAAUCCUAAAUUGUCUGUUACCAAUUUAAAUUUAAUAACUGAACAAAUUGAAAAAACAUUACAACUUUCUAUUGGAGUUAUUGCACAACUUUAUAUAGAAAAACGUGAUAAUAAAAGCAAUUCUACUUAA